UAUAUGAGCAAAGACUGUACUUCGGUGUACUAUACUAUAGUAUAUAUAUAUAUAUAAGUAUAGUCUAUAGCUUCCUUGGUUAUUAGUUGUGAUUAGUGUCAGGAGUGAUCUCUGUGAGUAUGAAAAGAGUUAAACUGGCUGUCUAUUUCUGAAACACUGGAUCAAUCGUUUAGUUAUUCCAUAAAUACUUCUCAUCAUUCCAUUACCUAUGUCAUGUGAAAUGGCCACUACGGACCCACAGACUGGAGCUGAAGAAGAGGAUGAAUUCGAGGAGGAGAUCCAAACUCCAGAAAUUCAGGGAUAUCUCACUAAAUGGACUAACUACAUUCACGGCUGGCAAGAUAGAUACAUUGUUCUAAAAGAUGGAAUAUUGAGUUACUAUAAGUAUGAAGCUGAAACAGCAUUUGGAUGCAGAGGGGCUGUCAGCAUUAGUAAAGCUAUCAUUGUGCCACAUGCCUUUGAUGAGUGUAGAUUUGACGUGCACGUCAAUGACAAUGUAUGGUACCUGCGUGCAAGGAGCGUUCAGGAACAGCUUUACUGGGUGCAGACGCUUGAAACAUAUAAAGCUGACUCGGGUUUCGGCAGUGAACAAAAUUUACGGAAACAUGGAUCUCUUGUGUCGCUUACUUCUGGAAACAGUGCCUCAGUCACCAGUGUUUCCUCAUUAAAGAGAGGAAAAGGGUUACGUGAGAAACUCGCAGAGAUGGAAACAUUCCGAGACAUUCUAUUGCAACAAGUCGACACACUGCAAAGAUACUUUGACUCGUGUGCAGAUGAAGUUACCCAUCCCAACGAUAGCCGCAUGUCUCCUGACAUCUUGGAUAUUGAUGACUUCGAUGAUGAAAAUGUAGAGGAGCCACAUUUUACCGGAGUAAGACAUCGGGAUAAAGGAUGCACGCACGAGUCGCUGGCCAUACACGCUUCGCACUCGAUCGACUUCCGUGGCGAGGCGAUCACGUUCAAGGCGACGACGGCGGGGAUCCUCGAGACGCUCUCGUUCUGUAUCGAUCUCGUCGCGCAGCGGGAGGAACUGUGGCGACGAAGAGUGGAGAAGGAGGUGGAUAGGAGAAAGAAAGCAGAGGAACUCUACAAGCAAGCACAUGAAAAGCUAGAUGAAGCGAAAAACACGAGGCCGAUAGUUCUCGGUGGUCCUGACUACGAGGAGGGACCGUACUGUGCAAUAGGAGAGGAUGAAUUCUUUGAUGCAAUCGAUGCGGCUUUAGACAAGCAGGACAAGGAAGAUGAACUCUUGCUGCGACACAGAAACGUGGUCGCACUUCCGUCAGCACCACCACCUCUGCCAAUGCCAUCGAAAACCAGAUUGACUCCAGAGAUUGAUAAGAUGGUGGCUGAGCACAUCAAUCUGCUCAGAGCUGGCUGUGGACUCAACAAGGGAAACUGGGAAUGCAUAGCAGACGACGGUGGAAUGAAGGUGUAUAGGCUGGAGUUGGAAGAGGAUGGUCUUGUAUUGGACCCUCUCAGAGCAGUACAGACAGUACAAGGUGUCACCGCUCAUGAGCUUUGCCACUACUUCUACGACCCCAGCAUCAGAAUGGACUGGGAUCUGACACUGCGACUCGUCGCGUGUCGAUCGAGACGCUCUCGCCCGACACCAGCAUCACCCACCAGGCCCUGCACCGGCGCGUGCUGCGCCAUCGACGUCGCCGCUGCCGACUCGCUCUUCUGGUCACAGAUCCGGCAGGUGAGGGACGAGGAGGACGAGGAGGCGCAGCCGAUCUGGACUGCGUCGUCAACUACUCGACCGAGCCAUCCCAGCUGUCCGGUUGUAAAGUGUGUGCGCAUCCACCUGAAUGUGGCGUUCAUCUGUCAGACGAUGAUCGAUCCGCCGUCAGAGGUUGAGCAGCUGACGAGAGAUCACAUCCGCACCCGCAUCACCUACACAGCCGACGUUAACCCUGGAGGCUGGGCACCGGCCACCGUCAUCAGGGCUGUCUACAAGCGCGAGUAUCCGCGGUUUGUCAAGCGCUUCUCACAGUUUGUCAAGGACGUGACAGCCAACAAACCGAUUCUUUUCUGAAAGGCGAUGCACCUGACCAAAGACAUCGUUGACACCUGCUGCCAUCUUGUGGAACGUAAAUGUGAUAGUCUUGUUGCUCGGAUGAUGAGGUUUUACUCUUUACUAGUUCCAGUGUUUUAGCGCUUUUUGAGUGGUUUUUAUUUGACAGCAGGAGAGAAAGCAACCAUCUUUAUUGUGCUCAUUAGUAGAGAUGUUCGAAAGGAAGGUUGUGCCUUUGAGUCGAGAAAAUGAAAGAGUAGAAAGGAUCAGCUAGGUAGGCAGCUAGCUAUGGGAAUGUAGGUUUAUGUACAUAGAUUGGGUCUGCCUCUGUACGAUCGUUUGCUUACAGUGAGUUAUAUUCCUAUUGGUUCACUUACAUAUUAUCUAUCAGAUGAGAGAAAUGUUGAGAGCACAGGAAUUCCCCAACUGCAGCUAGGAUUCUUACAACGUGUGUAAAAUAGCUCCUAUCUCAGUGUAGCUGUCUAUCUGUUGUCGUUUGCAGGUACUGUGGUUUUCUGAAUAUAAUAUUACACAAACACAAAGUGUUGGGCCUAUAAACAGUAUGUAUGUGUACACCGUAUAUAUAUAUAUAUAUAUAUUAUACACAGUAUUUAUCAUAAUGUGCAAAGAUGAUGGCUAGUGUGCUUACCUAUACCCUCAGCUUCGAGUACUCUAGUCACAAACUAAAUGGUGAUGCUGUUUCACAGUACUAUAAGCUGCAAGGGUGAAGGUAUGCUGUAAGGGGCACAGAUCCUAUAAUCAUUCAUGAGAAUGAGGUGUCUUUCGCACAUGAACCAAUAAGCUCUGGUGUUCGACAGAGGAAAUGUAGUUCGCGGAACCAGAGCAUUUGGUGGUUUCCAGAGCAUUUUAUUUCAAGGAAACUGCAAAGUUUAGUUUUAUCACUGUAAUUUUUGUAGGAACAUAUUCGGAUAACAUGAAAAUUCAUCAUGACCUGCUCACUCUGACACCAGGUUGCGCUGCAGUAUAGUGUUGUAGACUGAAAAAUGCUGCUACACGAAAUUAUGCACUCAGUUAGAGUCACUCUAUUUGCUAUGAGGCUAAAGCAUUAACCUGAGACUACUGCACGUUGGACCCCAGUUAUCUGGUACCCUCUGAACCAGGUCAGUACCAGACGACUGAAAAUUCCUUUACCACUGAAGGUCAGAUAAAUAUCACGAAAAAUAUCAAUACCACACCACCUCUUUGCCUUUGAACUGCAAUAUUGAAGGGUAAUUAUAAAUGAUAGCCAAAAAUAAACACAGACCAGUGGGAGUAACGAUCGCACAUGUAAACAAUGUUUGUUUAUAUGUCACGGGGAAUGGUGGUGCCACCGAGUGGCAGCUCCACAAACUAAAGACUGCCAGUUUGAAUUUAUGCUGGAUCGCUGAAGGUUACCGACUAUCAGGUGCCGGAUUGACGCGGUCCGGUCUAUAUGUACAUAUAUAUAUAUACAGGUGGAUGAAAAAAAGCGAUUAUUAAUUUCUGUGUCGGCGACAAGCAAAGCAUAAUCAGAGCUAGGCAUAAUCAAGUGUAGUAGUAGUAGGUCUAAGCAUUGUCAUUCAAGUGUUUGUCAUGACAGUGGUUCGUAUGUGAACUUUCGUACAGGUCUAUAUGUGACGAAACAGUGGUUGCAGCAGUUGUUACCAUUGUGAGCUCUUCUUCCUGGUAUGUCACAUCAGGUUAUUCAGUGGCAAAGCCAUGCUCGCCUGGAAGUUGACUGUAACCCUCGAUAUGUCAGACAAAGAUGUCGUUGCCGAAAGUGCAUUCUAAAUGCUCCUGGUAAAUCCUGGCGAUCGCUACGAUAAAUUAUAGACAUAAGGGACGAUUUCUUAUUCCAUAUGAUUAUACGCGUGGUGGUCGUGUUGCAAAAUUUGUGAUAUAGUUGGUAUCAUUCCCGCGGAUGCACUUAUGCAAAGCAGGGGUCGGUUGCUAUUCUAUGUGAUUCACGUCCAGUUCGUACUGGUGGCACCACAGAUUCCAGGGUGUACACGCAAACAAUAACGUUUCAUUGGCGCAUUUCAGAAGAGGUGAUAUUUAACGUGAUUGUAUCAUUCAUCAAACGAAUACCAAAAUGUGUGAAUUGUGUAGCGUAUAGAAGGAGAUAAUAGCACUUGCAUAUUUGCUGUUUUAAUACAGAUUUGUUAUUUACCAAGUUA